AUUUCGCUGUCCACUAAUACAAUCACACAUUAGGUCUAAUAGGUCUAUUAAGUAAUAAGGAACUAAGUUUUUUUUUUGUUUGUUUUAUUUAAACUCUUGUAAUUACAUCUAAUUAAAUACGGAGCUAAUGAAUUAUUGAAAAGUAAAAUAAAAAAAAAAACGAGAUCAUCAUGAGCACUUUUAUUAUGGUUAUACUUGGCCUGUUAAUGACGACAUGUCAUGGUCAAUAUCAGCAGCCAUCUUUGCAAGCAGGCGGUUACGAAGACUAUGAGAAUGGUUUCAAAAGACAAGAAGAAAUACCUCGAAAUUAUGAUAACGUACCCGUACAAAGGGGUGAAAAACAACCAGCAGCAAAACCAACCCCUCCAGUUGCGAUAUUAAAGCAAAUAAAUCGGCACAAUGAAGAUGGUUCUUACACUUACGGAUUUGAAGGAGCAGAUGGUUCUUUUAAAAUAGAAACCAAGCUUGCAAAUGGCGAAGUGAAGGGUAAAUAUGGUUUUGUCGAUGAUACUGGUAAAGUCCGAGUAGUUGAAUACGGUGCAAACCAAUAUGGAUUCCAACCCUCUGGAGAAGGAAUAACUGUCGCACCCCCAACUUUAGUUGACGAUUCAACGGACAAAAAUCAGCAGCCACUUGAUUACGAUUACCCUCAAGAACCAGCGAAUGCUAAGCAACAAAUUCCGCGACCAGCACCACCACCACCCCAACCCCCAGCACCAAGACCUGUAUCACGCCCUCAGUAUCACGAAAACGAAGCUUAUGCUCCACAACCAAAAGUACCGAUAUUUACUCCAGCUGCCAGUGGACAGUCGCAGUUUUCACAGCAAUUUGAUUACGCGGAUCGACCACCCGUUUCUCAGGCACUCAAUCAAGGACCUGUGCAAUUUAGCCCAGCUCCUGCGCGGGAAGCUCAACCUAGUCAGACUCGUAAUGUUCAACGAGCGGCACACAAUGCGGGUAUUCUUGAUCAAUUAGCUAGAGAAUAUGCACUUCCUCAGAAUGCUGCGACGCCUUUACAUGACAUAAGUUUUGGAUAUUACUAAUAAGUAAUAAUUAUAAUUGUUUUUAUGACGUUAGAAAAAAAUUUAUUAAAAGACAACAGGGUAUGAGUGAAAAAUAUUUUCAUUUCUGACAGGCUGGGGUGAAUCUUACAAAUAAUUUUUUUUUUUUAAUUUAUGAAGUCAUUAAAUUUUUAAAUAUUUUGUAAAAUUGUUAAUUAUAUUUAGAUGAUUUAAUUAUUUAGCGGAAAUUGGGGCAAAAUGGGACACGAAGUUUAAGGACAAAAAAAUUGCUUUAAAAAAAAAAUGUUUGCACAGUUUGUUGAUACGAAUGGAAAAAGUUUUAGCUUAGUCUGGGCGGCAAAAAUUUUAAAUUUUUGAAAGAAAAAAAGAAAUUUCAAAUUGACCACAACUUGCCCCAUUUUUUUCUAUGGAUUGUAAGCGAGGAUAAAAAAAAAGAAACAUUUUUUUGACAGAAAACUGGCGGCCCAUUUUACCCCUGUUUUUUACUAUAUCUACAAAAAAUAUAAUAUAAGUGUAAGAUUCACUCCAGAUUUGAAUUGACUAUUUAUUGUACUGUGAAAA